UCAGGAACAUUUGAUUAGUAUCAAUGGAAAAACAAUACAAUUCAUAGAUUUUUAGUCAGUCUAAAUUAUUUUGUAUGUAUUUUUAGUUUUUAAAUUUUUAAAUUUUAAGAUGGGUGUAUUUCGAAUUGGGUUUUUUAAUCUUUUUAUAUAUUUCUGCUGUGCAUUUCUAUAUUCAGUUCCAAAUGUAAGCGGCCAAAAUAAUAUGUGUUUCAAUUGCACCGAUUUGAUGGACUGCCGAGCUUCCAAGCAUUAUCUAAAGUACGGACAUAAAGAGGAUACGGGCAAGGUAGUUCGAAAGAAACCAGGUGAUGCAUCUGACCCAUUGAUAAGUAAAUGUCUAGAUGACGGCUAUACAAUAAAAGAGACACUAAAGGGUACUAUAUGCUCUGGCAGCCCAGAUGGCUUUUGUCACGCAAUUGGUGAGGCCACUACUAAUUUCUCCAUUUCUUACUCACAUUGCGGAAAUUGCUAUAUCGAAUGUGAUUGCUACAACCAAGAGAGUGGCAAUGGAACUGGAAGAGAAGGCCCUAUAAUUUUAACAAUGAUUCUGGCGGCUUUUUACACUCUGAUACAAUAGAAUUUUAAACAGCAAAUUAAGGAGUCUAUAUGGCUAUUCUUCCAUCUACAUAUAUAUUCUAUUUGAUACUAAAUACGUAACUGAAUGCUAUUUCGCGCUAAA